AUGUUCGAUAUCACACGUCGUGAGGCCAUGUGGGGCGGGCGCAAGCUCGUCCUCGAAACGGGGCGCAUCGCCCGCCAGGCGGAUGGCGCAGUCCUCGCGAGCUACGGCGAAACGGCGGUGCUCUGCACGGUCGUCGGCCAGCGUUGGGCGCGGGAGAGGCAGGAUUUCUUCCCGCUGACAGUCAACUAUGAAGAGAAAGCGUCCGCCGCCGGCAAGAUCCCGGGCGGCUUCUUCAAGCGCGAAGGGCGCCCGAGCGAGAAGGAAACCCUGGUCUCCCGUCUCAUCGACAGGCCGCUCCGGCCCCUCUUCGUCAAGUCGUUUCGCAACGAAACUCAGGUUAUCUGCACGGUGCUCUCGCACGACCUGAUCAACGAUUCCGACAUCGUCGCCAUGAUCGGCGCGUCGGCCGCGCUCACCAUCUCGGGUUUACCCUUCAUGGGGCCGAUCGCGGGCUGCCGGGUGGGCUUCGCCGACGGCGCCUACGUGCUGAACCCGACCUACGAGCAGCGCGCGGCCUCCGACCUCGAUCUGGUCAUGGCCGGGACGCUAGAGGGCGUGCUCAUGGUCGAAUCGGAGGCGUCCGAGCUCUCCGAGGAUCAGAUGCUGGGCGCCGUGACCUUCGGUCACGAAGAGAUCAAGCCGGUGAUCGAAGCCAUCGUCAGCCUUGCCGAGGCCUGCGCGAAGGAGCCCUGGGAACUGCCAGAGGAGCAGGUGGACACGGCGCUCGUCGAGCGCAUCCGUGCCAGUGCCGAGGCUCCGCUCCGCGAAGCCUAUGCCAUCGCCGGCAAGACCGAACGGAUGGAGAAAGUGACGGCGGCCAAGGCGGAGACCGCCGCGCAGUUCCGUGAGGAGGAAGGCGCUGCCGGCAUCCUCGACGGAACGCUGAAGUCGCUUGAGAAGGACAUCGUGCGCGGGCAGAUCCUCGACAGCGGAGCGCGCAUCGACGGGCGGACGACCAGCGAUGUUCGCGCCAUCGAGUGCGAGGUCGGCGCGCUGCCGCGCAGCCACGGCUCGGCGCUCUUCACGCGCGGCGAGACCCAGGCGCUGGUCACCGCGACCCUCGGCACCGGCCAGGACGAGCAGAUCAUGGACAUGCUCGAGGGCGAGUACCGCGAGCGCUUCAUGCUGCACUACAACUUCCCGCCCUAUUCGGUGGGCGAGGCGCGCUUCCUGCGUGGCCCCGGCCGGCGCGAGAUCGGCCACGGCAAGCUCGCCUGGCGGGCGCUUCAUCCGCUCAUGCCGGAUGCCGAGGAAUUCCCCUACACCAUCCGCGUGGUCUCGGAGAUCACGGAAUCGAACGGCUCCUCGUCGAUGGCGACGGUGUGCGGGGCAUCGCUCUCGCUGAUGGAUGCCGGCGUUCCCGUCACUCGGCCCGUCGCCGGAAUUGCCAUGGGGCUGAUCAAGGACGAGGAGCGCUUCGCGGUGCUCUCCGACAUCCUCGGCGACGAGGAUCAUCUCGGCGACAUGGACUUCAAGGUCGCGGGCACCGAGCAGGGUAUCACGUCGCUGCAGAUGGACAUCAAGAUCACCAGCAUCACCGAGGAGAUCAUGCGCACCGCGCUCGCCCAGGCGCGCGACGGCCGCCUGCACAUCCUCGGCGAGAUGGCGAAGGCGCUCUCUCGUGCGCGCGACAGCGUGAGCGACAAUGCGCCCCGCAUCACCACCUUCUCGAUUCCAAAGGACCGCAUCCGCGAGAUCAUCGGCCCCGGCGGCAAGAUCAUUCGCGAAAUCUGCGAGACCACCGGGACCAAGAUCGACAUCGAGGACGACGGCACCAUCAAGGUUGCGGCCGUCGAGGGCGAGGCGGCGGAGGCGGCGAUCAACAUGAUCCGCGAUAUCAUUGCCGAGCCUGAGGUCGGCGUGAUCUACGACGGCAAGGUGGUCAAGAUCGUCGACUUCGGCGCCUUCGUGAACUUCAUCGGCAAGCGCGACGGCCUGGUUCAUAUCAGCGAGAUCGCCCCGCGCCGGAUCAAGAGCGUGAGCGACGUGCUGAGCGAAGGCGAUAACGUCAAAGUGAAGGUGCUCGGCGUCGACGACCGCGGUAAGGUCAAGCUGAGCAUGAGGGCCGUGAAUCAGGAGAGCGGAGAGGACCUGAGCGCGGCCGAAGAGAAAGCGCAGGCUGGGUAG